GAAAAACUUUCCUCCCGCUCUCUUGCGCUCACUUCAAUUUUCGAGCCAACCACUGGAGCGUUUUCAAACCCUAGAGAUCGAUCUCUCUCACCCUUCAUCCAUUCCAUGUCGAUGAGUCAGCUUUCUAGCUUGGUAAUGGAGAACUUCGACGAAGAGGACGAAUUGGCCCUUCCCGCGCCGGAGAAACCAUCUUCUUCUCCUUCCAAACCGAAGCUCAAGCGCCUCAAGAAGGCUGCAGUUACUUCACUUCCGCAGGCUUUGGGGAUUCCUAGGGUUCCGGAUGCGCCGACCAUGCCGAUCCCGGAAUCCAGCGCGAUUCGGACGGGUUCCUCCAAUGCGACGGAGAAUAAGGGUUUCGGCGAGGAAACGGGUCCGGCGCCGGAGCUCGAUCCUUUAUUUGUGUAUCGGAGUGGUGAAGAGAUGAUGGGUGAUCCGUGUGUGCAGGAGGUGAAGGUGAAGGAAGGCGGGGGCGGAAAUGAUGAAGAAGUAGUGGUGGUGAAGGAAUCGGAGAAGGAAAAGAAUGUGAAGAGGAAACUUAAUUUGGAAGAUGAAGAGGAAGAUCCGAAUAUGAAGAAGAAAAAGGGAAAGUCUAGGAAGCUCAAAGAUCCGAAUGGGAAGCCGAAGGAAUCUGUUCGGGAAAGGAAAAGGCUCGAUAAGGAAAGGAAGGCAGAGUUGGAGCGCUUGCAUGCUGAAUCACAGCGGCUUCUGCGAGAAACCAGUAAUGCAUCGUUCAAGCCUGUGCAGCUCAUGCAGAAGCCAAUAUCUUCAGUAUUAAAGAAAAUUCGUCUCAGGAAGCUAGAAAUAUUGAAAAGUUCCAACAUUCUUGGUUCGUUGCCUUUUGUUGAGGUUGCUGACUGUACUGCGGGGAGUGAUUGUAAGGCAGGCCCUGUGAACGGACAAAUCGACAUAAAAGAGACUGAUAGGAAUGAAUGUGUGAUGGCCAAUGUUCAGAAUAACAUGAAAGACCUUGAUGUUGGCUCAGAAGGCACACAAAAGAAUCCAACUAAUGAUACACAGGAAGACAAAGGUGGUUUUCAAUUAAGCACUGGAGUUGAUAACCUACUAAAUCCUCAGAAAGAUAUUCCUUCAUACCCACUUAACACUUGUUUAAAUGUUGAUGGUGGAGGCAAGGAUGGUGGUGAUGCCAGCUCUAGCGAUUAUGACGUUUCGACUUCGGAAGAAGAAAGUGACAAGGAAAACAUCAGUCCUAGUAUUCACAAUGUUUUGAACAAGGACUCAUCUCCUAAAGAUGGCAUAGCAAAAGCUUUUCUUGAUGAUGAGGCUGAAGAAGAAGAUGAUAGUGAUUGUGAUCUGUUGAGGUUUCAAGAAAACGAAGAUGAAGAUGAGACUGAUGAACACGAAGAACUUGACGACCUGAUUGCUACUGGCUAUGAGGAGGCUCCAAUAGACCAAGAGAAACGCAACGAACUUCAUCAGAAGUGGCUCGAGCAACAAGAUGCUGCUGAAACUGACAAUGUUCUCCAAAGGAUAAAAUCUGGUCGUGAAGGACUCGGAAAACCAGCAUUAAUUCAUGGUGGUGAUUAUGAUAAUUAUGAUAGAAGUGAUAAUGAUGUUGAUGAAGGCAAUGACGAUAAUGAUGGUGGUGAUGAAGCGUUGUAUAAGAAUCAUCCCAUAGAUACGUCUCAUCAAAGCUUGAAAAAGGCCAAACAAAUGAUUUCUCACAUGUUUACUGAUGCUAAUGAUGUUUAUUUACCAUCAGAUGAUGAAGAGACGGAAAAGAAUCUUAUUCGUCAUCAUAUUCUCAAGCAUCAUGAGGAACCUUCCUUGAUAUCUCCGGUGGAAGAUGAAAGUUCUCGAGAAUUUUUUGGUCUGAUAAAGAAGUUGAACAUUGCCCCAAGUACCAAGAAGAGAGCGAAAGCUUCAGCACCAGCUCUUUUUGAUUCUCUUAUUUUGUCCGGAAGCAGCAAUAGUUCAAAGUCUUCUUUUCUCAAUCGAACGAAUAGUUUGCUUUCGACAUCAUAUAAACAACGAUCCAUUUCUGUCAAGGCAUUCAUUUUUGGUCGUGAUGACAGCAAUAGCAAGAGCAAUAUUUCAACAUCUGAGAUCCCUUCAGAGACGGCUGAAAAAGAAGGUAUAUCUGCAAAGAAUUCCAGGAAAGAUAGGUUGAGUUCGCAAGUGAAAUCAUCUGUAGCUAAAGGAACGGUGCAGGCAGGAUCAGAGACCGGUUCUUCUCUUUUUAACAUCUUACGGCGAUCUUCCAUUCAGUACGAUAAAGAGGUGGAGCGCAAACAAUCUCUCAGCAGUCGUGUCGUUAUUGAAAGUGAAGCUGCUCACAAAUUUUCUGCUUUCAAAUUGAGGAGAAAUUCAAAGAUGGACUCCAGAACUUGAUCCUUCUUAAGGUUAAGUUGUGUUAAAUCUUGUAAAGUGUCAAAAUAGUCCCCCCUGACUGCAACUAUCACCUAAAUGGAUCAUUUUAAUCCCAGAGUUUAUAAAAAUAUUAAUUUAAUUUUUAAUAGUGGGCUACAAGAACUAUUUCAAAAUGUACACUUUUGUAAAUUCUGGGAUUAAAAUGAGGUCUUUCAAAGAUUCAAGGGAUUAUUUUGAUAUUUUUCCUUUUUUUUAUUUGUUAUUUAAACAUGAUUAUC